AUGCUCCUCCCAACCCUCCUCGCCCUAGCCGCCUCCGCCACAGCCGCAGUCCACUCCUCCCACCCCCACUCCCACCUCCACCACCGCGACCACGACGCCUCCCUCGCCAAACCCAAAAAAUUCGGCGCCGAAGGCUUCUACAAACAACAAUGCCUAACCCACCACAACAUCCACCGCCAAAACCACUCAGCAUUAGCCCUAACCUGGAGCGACGCCCUCGCCUCCACAGCGCAGAAAAUCGCCUCGACCUGCAAAUUUGAGCAUGACGUUGAGAUGGACGGCGGUGGGUAUGGUCAGAACAUCGCGAGUGGGAUCGGACAGGAGAAUGUGUCGGCGGUGAUUACGGAGUUGUGGUAUAAUAAUGAGAUUGGCGAGUUUGGGGAGCAGUAUGGCGUGGGGAGUCCUAGUGAGGAGAAGUUUGAGCUUUGGGGGCAUUUUUCGCAGGUGGUGUGGAAGGGGAGUAGGGAGGUUGGGUGUUGGACUGAGCAUUGUCCUAAUGGUGUGGAGCUUGCUGAGGAUACGUUUGAUUAUACUGUCUGCAAUUAUGGUGGUCCUGGCAAUGUGGAGGGCGAGUAUGCGGAGAAUGUUGGUGCGCCGGUGGGGAUGACGACGGAGAGCUGGAGUUAUACGCAGUAG